AGCUUUGAACUUCCGUACUGAACUACAUAUUUGAAGCAAGAACCACAUAUAUUUGGUACCAAUCUGUAAUCCAUAUCGGUUAACAGAAGAACCUCCAAGUCCUGAUCCAACUGCGUCUUUUAAAAAGAAACAUACUGCUGCAGUCUCCCAGUCGAGCUCCUCAGAGCAGCAGAGGAGCGUACCGCAGUCAGGGGCGGAGCUAUGGGGGGCGGCGGGCCCCCGGCCAGGGCCUAGGGGGGUCCCGGAUGCGAGGCAGGAUGUGACUUCAGGGAUCCAACCCUUUAUCAUGGCUGAUGAGAGCUGGAGAAGAAUGGCACCAAAAACAGUUAAGAUGAUAUGUGUGGCUCUCAGCACCGUCGGGCUGAUUGGGGUCAUCAUCUGCUGCUCCCUGCCUGAGUGGCUUGUGAGACGUGAUGAUUAUACGGAAGUUCAUACAGGUCUGUGGAAGAAGUGUGUGAAGCUGGAAACUGGACCGCAGGAGUGCAGAACGUCUGACUCCUGGUUAUUUUCUGAAAUUCAUGCCUUCAGGAAUUUCACCAUCACCAGCUGCCUCCUCUGUGGUCUCAGCCUCCUCCUCCUGAUCUUUGGUUCUGACUUCACCCCACGUGUUCAGAACCAAGACACCAAACCCAAAAUUAUCCUGGCUGCUGGAGUGGGCCUGCUGCUGGCCGGCCUGCUGGUGAUCAUCCAGGUCAGCUGGGUGACACAUAUUUUUAGAAAUGCACCAAAAACAGUGACGCUGGGCGCGAGCAUCUAUAUCGGCUUCAUAGCUGGUCUGAUGUUGAUGCUGACUGGAGUUCUGCUCUGCCACUUAAGCAGACCCGGAUCCAGCAGCUCUGGAGGAACCGUCAGCUUCUCCAGCAACAGAGCUUAAUUUAGUGGCUUAAUGGAAGGGACUGGUGUCCGACAGACGGGUAGACAAAGGAGUUGAUUUGGUAAAAACUGGGAAGACGAAGCCAAAUUAUAAUUUCUAUACUUUAAAGUUUUGGUGUUCGAAGGCAUGUACUCUGUAAAUCCUUUGACUUUUAAUUUUAUUUUGGCAAAAUUCCUAGAAUUUAUCUUAAAAUGUCACUUAAAAUUUGACUUGACAAAGAUUAACAGGAAAAUCAUUUUACAUUUCAUAAUGUCUACAGGAAAAUUACAUUUCAGCAAU